GACCAUCCAGUCUUUCGAUUAACUUUGACUCAAUAUGAAGCUCCACUGGCUGCUAUUAGCAGUCGUACUGAUCUGUGCCCUGUACAGCGCUACGGGCACCAGCCCCACCACGGAAACCAGCACCAGCACCGAGUCGACCACCGCUACGGGCUCAAGCACUUCGACAACCUCGGCCAGCACCUCCUCCUCAUCCUCGGACACCACCGAGGCCAGCAGCAGCAGCAGCGAUUCGUCCACCAGUUCCAGCAGCUCGUCCUCUAGCUCCAGCAGUUCAUCCAAGAAGAAGGCUGCCGCCAGAAGGAGGCGUGCCGCUCGCAGGAGGCGUCGUGCCGCACGCAGGAGACGUGCUGCUGCCGCUCGCAGGCGCGCCCAGCGCAGGCGCAACAGGGGUUAGACUGGAAACCGCGAUUGGAGGGGGGUGGGGGAAUCCACUAGAAUCCACUUGAAUCCACCCAUUCCGGCCUAGACAGGACUUUCAACGUUUUUUUUUUUCCAACACUCUCUGUUGAUCCUCGGGAUCGCCAAUUUAAUAUAUUCCCGGCUAUGGUUAUUGCAUG